UAUACAUGCACAUACAUAUUUAUUUAUUUUUUACUUUAUUUUAAGGAUUGGACCUAUCCCAUGAGGAGAGAGAUGCAGGAAAUUUUACCUGGGCUAUUUUUAGGCCCAUAUUCUUCAGCUAUGAAAAGCAAGCUACCUAUACUUCAGAAACAUGGAAUAACCCAUGUAAUAUGCAUACGGCAAAACAUUGAAGCAAAUUUUAUCAAACCGAACUUCCAACAGUUAUUUAGAUAUUUAGUCUUGGAUAUUGCAGAUAAUCCAGUGGAAAACAUAAUACGAUUUUUCCCGAUGACUAAAGAAUUUAUUGAUGGAAGUUUACAAAGUGGAGGAAAAGUUCUUGUCCAUGGAAAUGCAGGGAUUUCUAGAAGUGCUGCCUUAGUUAUUGCAUACAUAAUGGAAACGUUUGGGGUGAAGUACAGGGAUGCAUUUACUUAUGUUCAAGAAAGAAGAUUCUGUAUUAAUCCUAAUGCUGGAUUUGUCCAUCAACUUCAGGAAUAUGAAGCCAUCUAUCUAGCAAAAUUAACCAUCCAGAUGAUGUCACCACUGCAGCUGGAGAGAUCGCUCUCGGUUCCACCUGGUACUACAGGAAGUUUAAAGCGAAUGCAUGAGGAGGAUGAAGAGCUUGGGAACAUGCAAGUGGCAGCAGCACAGAACGGAUGAUAUCCAAGGACACCAUCGUUUGUAUUGUCAAUUCCUGCCAAGAAAGGUGAAGGAAACUCGGGAAAAAGAACUAAUAAUGAAAAAUGAUGAACACACACACACACACAGCUUCUUUUCAAUUACAUGUUGCUUUCAGAUGUAAAUCUGCCUCUGCAACACACUAAGCAACAUUUUUAAGAUGUUGGACUUCUUGAAUGAAUAGAUGGCACUGAUUGUUUUACUCCUUUUUUACACUUUACAGUUUUAUUCUAAACCAAGAUUUUUGGACUUGCAAAGACGUAUUAUUGCAAUAAUGCACUUUUCAUACUUGAAAUUUCUUUAUUUGUAUGAUAUAAAGUUAUUACUUCAAACAAAAUGCAAGCUGGGGGGAUUUGUUUAUAAAGUUAUUUGUGUAAUUUAUAACAAGAGACUUUAGUAAAGAAAAAGUU